AUGGAAACACAGUUCAUAAUUAUCUACAGAUAUCAGAUGACAGGAAAACUGUAUUCUGGUCAGAUAGAUACCAGAAUCGUCCAGAAACACCAGAGAGAUUUCAGGUUUGGCCUCAGGUGUUGA